AUGGAUGCCUCCAAUCAUUUCGAUAUGGACUCAUUGGACACCACUGUCUCUCCGGCCAACUCAUACUCCAUCGCAUCGGUGGACGACUAUUCGUGCGGUUCGCCAUCAAAUGACUCGUUUGAUUCAAUUCAACAAAAGUUUUCGACCAAAAACACCGCAUACUUAACAAAUCAGUUCAACAGAAUCGAUGAGAAACCGAUUUUAUCGCCAAACGCUGAGUCCAACGAAAGCUCUCAACCGAUGGCCGAAACCACAGCGAAGAAGAAUCGCAAGAAAAGGACUCAAAAGAGUUCGCCGAAAGAGUCGCGAAACAAUGGGGCGAGUGGUCCGGUUGUCGUCAAAAAGAGACGAUUGGCAGCGAAUGCGAGGGAAAGAAAACGAAUGCAUUCAUUGAAUAUCGCUUUCGAUAGACUUCGAGAAGUGGUUCCCGGGAUUGGAGACGACUCCAAACUAUCCAAAUACGAAACCUUACAAAUGGCUCAGCACUACAUUAUGGCACUCAAUGAUCUACUUAUGACCUCAUGA